AUGGCAGACAAAACCACGAUCGAAUACCUUGAAGACGGCCGUCCGCAUGCUGAAGUCAAAGCCGGCGUGCUGACCAGCCAUGAAGACCUUGACGACGCUACAAUCAUACCACAAUUCGACGCUCAUGAAGAGCGACGCAUUAUUCGCAAGAUCGACGUCCGCUUGCUCCCCGUCCUGGCUGUUCUGUAUCUAUGCUCGUACCUCGAUCGAUCCAAUAUCGGCAAUGCAAAAAUUGCUGGCAUGUACGAAGAUCUGGAACUCUAUGGACUGAGAUACAACACCGUGGUGGCAGUGUUUUUCGUCACCUAUGCGCUGUUCGAAGUCCCCUCGAAUAUCAUGCUCAAGAUAGUCCGCCCCUCGAUCUGGUUGGCGAUUCUUAGCUUCUCCUGGGGCACGGUCAUGACGCUCAUGGGCGUGGUCCAAUCAUACCAUGGAAUGGUGGCUGCGAGAUUUUUCUUUGGUCUGACUGAAGCGGGUUUCUUCCCAGCAGCAACCUACCUCUUGUCCUUGUGGUACAAACGCUACGAAAUGCAGACGCGUAUGGCCCUUUUUUACUCAGCCGCAUCUCUCGCUGGCGCAUUUUCGGGAUUGCUUGCAUUUGCCAUUGAAAAGAUGGAUGGAGUCGCAGGGCUCGCCGCGUGGAGGUGGAUUUUUAUCCUCGAGGGUCUUGUUCCCGUCGCCAUAUCCUUCACGUUGUACUGGGUUUUGCCUGAUUCGCCCGCGACGGCGCGUUUCCUGACCAAAGAAGAACGUCUUUUCGCCACGAACCGCCUGAAUAUAAACACCAUCGUCGGUCACGCCCAGGCGAUUAAUUCCGACAAGAUCGGAAUGCGUCACAUCAAAGCCGCGUUUGGUGAUUGGAAGAUGUGGCUUGCGAUUAUCCCAUACUGGUCAUGCUCCAUCGGCACCUACGGCUUCACCGCGACCGCCCCGACUGCAAUCGAGCAGUUGGGCUAUACCUCCGCCCAUGCACAGUUGAUGACGAUCCCGAUCUACGCAUUCGCUCUCAUCGUCACACUUAUCUUAUCGGUGUGGGCGGACCGCCACAAGCAGCGCACUCCCUUCAUCAUGAUCGGCGUGGUCAUGGGACUGAUUGGUUUCCUGGGAGAAUUGGCCGUUCCCCAUCCACGACUGCCGGGGCUCACGUACUUCUUUUUCUUCUUCAUCGCCGCUGGUGUGUACGCCCCACUCCCGAGUCUCAUCACGUUUAUCAGCAACAACACCGCGCCGUCGUCCAAGCGUGCGGUAGGCAUGGCACUUCUCAUCGGCAUGGGAGCUCUGGGCGGGAUCUGUGGAGGCAAUAUUUUCCUGGCGAAACAGGCUCCCAAGUAUCCUGUGGGCUAUGGUGUCCCUCUUGGAGUUAGCAUUGCCGGACUCAUCUCGACUUGGAUUCUUAGAACGGCCUAUGCCAAGGAAAACAAGGCAAAGGAAGCACUCCUGCGAUCCGAGGGAGAGGAGAGCCUCCGGCAGAGGUAUACUCCGCAAGAAUUACUUGACCUCGGCGAUAAGAGCCCGUUCUAUCAAUACACCUUGUAG